AGAUUGCAUUUAAGGCUUAGCAGGAGGAAAAAAACAAAAUCCAACCAUGAGCACACUUUCCAUGCUAAAUGCUAGCAACGUUUCACAGGCUGACUCCCUGGAGGACAGUGGCAAUUGGACAGCAGCAACCCAGUUUACCCAGCCAGGAUGGCAAAUUGCUUUGUGGGCUAUCACCUACUCCUUCAUCAUCAUCACAUCCAUCGUUGGCAACGUCACCAUCAUCUGGAUUAUUCUUGCACACAGGAGAAUGAGGACUGCUACCAACUACUUCAUUGUUAAUCUGGCCCUUUCGGAUUUGCUGAUGGCUGCUUUCAACACCAUCUUCAAUUUUAUUUACGCCAGUCACAACGUCUGGUACUUUGGUGAGGAAUUCUGCAGGUUUCAGAACUGGUUCCCCAUCACCGCCAUGUUUGUGAGCAUUUACUCCAUGACAGCUGUGGCUGCAGAGAGGUACAUGGCGAUAAUUUAUCCCUUCAAGCCCAGGCUCUCUGCUGGAAGCACCAAAGUCAUCAUAGGGAUAAUCUGGCUGGUGGCAUUUGGGCUUGCCUUUCCCCAGUGCUUCUACGCCGAGAUCAUGAUGGACAAUGGAACGAUGAAAUGCAUCGUUGUUUGGCCUGAUGAUGUUGGAUCCAAGCACCAGCUCACGUAUCACAUUGCAGUGAUCGUGUUGAUUUAUUUACUGCCUUUACUGGUGAUGUUUGUUGCAUACAGCAUUAUAGGAAUCACCCUGUGGAGCAGUGCAGUCCCAGGCAACCACCUUAACAGAGUCCGCUACCAACACCAAAUUAAUGCCAAAAAAAAGUUUGUGAAGACCAUGGUAGUAGUUGUGAUCAUUUUUGCUGUCUGCUGGCUGCCCUAUCACAUAUACUUCAUCCUGGGGAGCUUCAAGGAAGACAUUUACCAGCAGAAGUACAUUCAGCAGGUUUAUCUCGCAAUCUUUCUCCUUGCCAUGAGUUCAACAAUGUACAACCCCAUCAUCUACUGCUGCCUGAACCAAAGGUUUCGUUCUGGCUUCAAAUUAGCCUUCCGGUGGUGCCCGUGCAUUAAAGCAACUGAGAGAGACAAACUUAAACUUACGUCCCCAACUUUUUACCAGACAAGCCACAGGAAGUCAAGAACAACAAGUUUCGACACAGAAACUCAACUCAAUGAGAAAGAGAAGACAUCCUUUACCCUCACCCAGCUGACACUUUGAUCUUCUCCUUGCGGUUCUGGCUCUAUCCUAAUACACCACUUCAAGGCAGCAGAUUCGUGGAAGCCUAAGACAGGUCUUUUUUUCUGCAGCACCUGUUUUCUACAGGUCUUUUUUGAGGUGCCAUCAGCAUUGAAAACAGUCUGCUGAUGACACUUCUGUCCAUGUAGGUCCAAACAGCAGCCAGCUAUUCAGCCCUCCCUCACAACAACAACUGCCAUAUAGAACAGAGAAAUUUUGCCCAUGAGGUCAAAAAAGCAGCAAAGCUGACCUCAAGCAGUGCCAAUCAGAAGCAUAUCAAUUAAUCUCUUCCAGAUAGUGAUCGCCUGCUCUCUGUUCCUCCAAGACACUUGCUUCUGGAAAACAGGUGAUGGAGCAGAAAGGCUGGGGCACAUCUGGCCCAGUCUGGAUGGACCCCAGGGGCUGUAUGGGCAGCUCAUUCUCGUGGCUCAGCAGCGCCAAGGCAGACAAGGCUGUGGAAAAGAGCUUGUUUACCACAAAUACUAACACGUCCAGAAUGGAAAGCGUGCCCUGAAUUUUUUCUGAUUUCAAGGAUUUUCAGACCUGCAAUUUCACAUGCAUCAUCUCUCAUCAAUUAACAGCAAGAAACAGUUCCUUCAGAUGUCACAGCAUGGAUUUCUAUAACCAUGUACCAAAAUACAAUGUCAUUUUCCUAUUCAACUGUGCCCGAGGGAUUCCUCCAACUUCACAUCAUUAAUUGUGGCACCCAAUUUGGAGAGCAAGGCUCUCUGAAGGAUUGGUAGCCAGGUAUGGGAUGCUCAUGGUCAGGUCUCAUGGAUCCAAUUCUGAAUCCAUUUCCUUUACCUCCUCUUAGUCCUAACUGCAGUCUGACCCAUCACUGUCUUUUCCUAGACAGUCCAUCUUCCCUUUCUGUACUUACCGCAUUUUUAGCAUCAAUGUUCUUCUCUUCUCAGAUAUGAAAAUAAAAGCUGAAAUAUGUCACCUUCAAAGCCUGAGG